AGUCGGUGAAGCAGGAUGUCGGACGAAGGAAAGCUCUUUGUUGGUGGUCUCAACUUCGACACGAACGAGCAGUCGCUGGAAUCCGUCUUCUCCAAAUAUGGACAGAUCUCUGAAGUUAUUGUAAUUAAAGAUCGGGAGACACAGAGAUCGAGGGGUUUUGGUUUCGUCACCUUUGAAAAUCCCGAUGAUGCAAAGGAUGCUAUGUUAGCUAUGAAUGGAAAGUCUAUUGAUGGGCGUCAGAUUAGGGUGGAUCAAGCUGGAAAAUCCUCUGGAGACCGUUCCAGAGGUUACAGAGGUGGAAACGCAAGCAGCCGUGGAUUUUUCCGUGGUGGGUCUGGACGUAGAGCACGUGGGUUUUCUAGAGGUGGCGGAGACAGAGGGUACGUUGCACGCUAUGAUUCAAGAAGUGGUUACUCGGGAUCGAGAGACUACUAUAACAGAGAUAGGAGUCAAGGGAGCUAUGGCGGUGGUGGCUCUUACAGGGACAGCUAUGACAGUUAAGCUACACACAACGAAUAAAUAAAUCUUCUUGACUCAAGAUCGUCCUUCCUAUGGCUGUAUUUAUAAAGAUUUUCGGAGCUUCGUGGAAUCGCAUUGUGUACUUGUAUUCUCAUACCUUGUAGAAUUUCAGUUUGGCCUUGUUAAUCACAGCCUGACAGCUUCUGACAUGAGGAUGCACACUAAGUGUUGUAUCAGUAAUUUUGGAAUUAAACAAUCUAACAAACUUAGCAUUCUCAGGCACUUGGCAAAGCCCUCAUUUUAUGUUUUUUUUAAGCAAUAUAACAAGGUUUUUAUUUUAGUUUCUAUCAGUUUCUUUAUUUUUAUGUUAACAUUGCUCAAAUGCUUCCCAGAAAGUUUAGCUAUUUCCGAAUUGAAGUUGUGAAGUUGACUGGAAUUUUGGUGGGGGAAAAAAUGCAAAAGGGGUUAACAGUGUGUUCUCAGUCUAUUUUUAUGGUAAGCAAACUGAUGUUUUAUAGAAGCUGAACAAGCUGUGGUCUUUAUUUCAAAAUAAAGGCUUUAAUAGCCAAUUAUUCUUGUAAAAGUUGUCAUUUGAAACGUUCCUUUAGUGUAGCAAGGUAGGAAACCAACAUGGGAACAGAAGAUAUUGUCUGCCUCUCAAACCGCCUUGAUACUGCUGAUGAUAAAUGGCUUCAUUUUUAACGUAAUUGGACAUCUGUACAUCUUUCAGUAGUUUCAAGAGUUCUGUACACUGUAAACAACGUUAAUCAUGUUCCAGAUUCUUCAAAAUUAAAUGAAGUUCUGAGCAAUGUAUCUUUAUAAGAUGGACAUGUACUGGAUGAGAAAUAUUUGGAAAUGGCUUUUUGUGUUGUAUGUUCAAGUGGUUUAGAAUUGACCUUUUUGUACUGGAAACAGGCUUCACGAAGCCUCAUUAAAAGAAAUACCUGACUCAUAA